AUGGAUGCCAAAAAAUCUCGCAAGUCGACAAACGGAAGCAACGCUCGUCCUCGCGUCAGGCCAUCUCGCGGCCGAGGCCUGAGAACAUCAACAGGAUGCCUCACUUGUAGGGAGAGGCGUGUCAAAUGUGAUGACGGGAAGCCUACAUGUGCCCGCUGCACCAAGGCGGGCCGCGUCUGUCGGUAUCGCCAGCCCCAAACGCCCGGGCUAGCCGGCUCCGGGGUAACCGGACAGAGGAGGGUUGAACAGCCGAGGGUUGAGGCCGCACCCACUCCAGCUGCAGCGCCUACUCCUUACUUCCAGGUCCAGCUCAACGGACAUGACGAUGGUGUGGACCGUGGCAACCUCAGCGACCAGGGACUGUCGGUGACCAGCCUUGAGGCCCAGACUCUUCCCUUCACCCUUGGCGAGAUAUCCACUCCGUUCGAGUGGUAUGACCUUCUAGCACGCGAUGCAAUCAGCAAUAUCCAACGGUUAGGGGAGCCCCGGAAUUUCCCCCAGAUCACCCUCUCGCGUAGACAGUCACCCGCCCCGGAAUGUAUCGAACCUCCUUUAGGAGUGCUGGAGUAUCAGUCUGAGCCUUGGAACUCAAACUAUAGAAUAGAACUAUCGGCAGUUGACCUCAUCUUCUUUCGAUAUUAUAUUGAAAUCGUUGGGCCGAUCCUAGAUUUGUUCGAUCCCGCUCGGCAUUUCACUAAUGUCGUGCCGCAUCUUGGCCUGCGAAACACCGGGCUUUUGAAGUCGAUACUCGCCGUGGGUGCGAAACAUAUGUCUCUUGGUUAUGCACAUACACAAGGAGACGAUGUAACUACAGGCGUGAAUGCGAGUAGCCCAGCCUCGCUUGCGGGCGUAGCAAACGCUGCUUCAGCUCCAGCUCCAGCCCACAUGGCUACACACUACUACUACGAAACACUUCAAUAUCUUUCGCAGACACUUCUUUAUCCCUCUUAUGCGGACUCCCGCGAGCUCCUAGCGACGUCCACUAUGAUCAGCACGUACGAGAUGUUUGACGCCGACGCUGACAGCGACUCGACGUCGAGCGGGGACUGGGAGCGACACCUGCGCGGCUCUUUCUGGAUCCAGCGAUCUCAGGACAAUGAUGGCGAGUCUGUUGAUGGACUGAGGCGGGCUGUAUGGUGGGCAUGGCUGCGGCAGGAUCUCUGGGCGGCUUUCCGGGCGGGACGGCCAACCCUUACUAUAUGGCGUGCGAAGAAGAAGCUCGAGGAGCUUGACUCGGAUGAACUGGCAACAAGAAUAAUUUACAUCUGCGCCAAGUGCGUAGAAUAUGCCGCCUCGGGGAAAGCGCCAAACCAGGAUCAGGAUCCAAGAGCAAGGAUUGAGCAGGGCGACCGACUGCUAAGUGCGCUCGAAGACUGGCAUCGUGUCCUCCCCGCCUCAUUCCAGCCGGUCGCGGUCGCUGCCAUGGAUUCCGCAAGUGGAAACGUCCGAGCAUCGAGCAUGAUGCCUUCAACAAGCCCGGCCGACUGGACAAGCUGGGCUGGUGAUAGAACUGGAAUGCAAGAGCCCACUACGUCGUUUUUCCCGCCUAUCUGGAUCCACCCGCCCAAUCACGCAGGCGCAAUGCAGAUGUACCAUUUUGCCAAAGCCGUCGUGCUGCUCAAUCAGCCUACAAUGGGGGGGUUGAAUGCCUACGUCGAGCGCCAGAAGCAGCUUAGUGAAAGCGUGCAAAUGGUCUGCAGGAUUGCCAAUGCGUGCCAGGAGCAUGAAUCAGCAAUAGCUUUUGUGAACGUGCAAGCUUUGUUUGGUGUCGGUCAGUUUGUCCAGUCGCCCCCUAUGCAGGUCGAGUUGCUCCGAAUUCUGGAGAACAUGCUAAGGAUCAGCAAGAUUCCGGCCAACGGCCUUGUUGCGGAACUCAAAAGGGUAUGGCAAGAGGCAUCAGGAUAG